GUCACGUGACGUCAUCAACAAGGUGCCAUUCGACGCUGGAAUCUUCCGGCGUUCGUCCCGAUGGCGAACUAAACAUGUGGGCUCUGCUGCUUGUGCUGCUGGUGUUUCUUUCCAAACCCGCCUGCUGUGUGUUCCAGACUCUUUACUGCACCUUCUCUGACAGCUGCGACUGUGACUUCAGGCCCAAUGUCCGAGAGCUGGAGUGGGACCUCUACAAGAACGUCUAUGGCCAACAUCUGGCUCAGGACAUCAUCUCCGAGGAGGUGUCCAAGUUCCUUCAGAAUAAAAGCCCCGAGAAACCCCUGGUUCUGUCCUUCCACGGCUCUACCGGGACCGGGAAGACGCUGGUCAGCUCCAUGCUGGGGAAUCACCUAUACGGCUCUGCCAUGAGCAGCGCGUAUGUCCACCGCUUCAUUCCCACGCUGCACUUCCCCUCGGUCGGCGAGGUGGAGCGGUACCGGGAGCAGCUGAAGGACUGGGUCCAGGGGAACCUGACCCAGUGCGCUCGCUCCGUCUUCAUUUUUGACGAGAUGGAGAAAAUGCAGCGUGGGCUCAUCGACGUCCUGGAGCCUUUCCUGGGGCCGUCGCACGUCGUCUUUCGCACAAACUACCGCAAGGCCAUCUACGUCUUCAUCAGCACGGCGGGUGAGGAGGUGGUGAACAAAGCGGCUCUGGAGCAGCGUCAGGCCGGACUUGACCGAGAGGAGAUCACGUCCUCCGACCUGCAGGACGCCAUCGCUCAGGCGGUCUACGACAACAACUCCAGUGGACUCUUCCGCUCGUCCGUCAUCCGGCAGAAUCUCAUCACGGCCUUCGUGCCCUUCCUGCCGCUGACUCGCCACCACGUGGAGCGCUGCGCUCGCUCGCAGCUGUGCCAGCGCGGCGCCUGCCAGCGCGGCGACGUUGUGCGGGCGGUGGGGGACGACAUGGCUUACGCCCCCAUGCCGGGACACUACUUCUCCACGAGCGGCUGCAAGAACGUCCCCGCCAAGAUUAACCUUUUCCUGUGAGCGUCUGGCCAAUGGCGGCGCAGGACGCCUACCUGGACUUCCUGCGUUCAUAUCGGCAUCGGACCUGGCCGCUAGGACUCAUGGGGUCCACCUUUUUAGCUGAGGACAAAAGUUUUAGUUUUUUAUGAAAAAGUGGACAGUGGUUAGGCAACACAGCAAGGAGACCUGUUCAAUUGUACAUCCCAUCUUCCUCCAGCAGAGGGCGCCAAAGACUGACUUGGUCGACUUUGAGUGCUUCAACUUUAUAAACAUUACUGCUUUUUUUAUUUUCAACGUUUCCCACCUUUUCUUCAAUACUUGAAUAAGUUGUGUACACUUCAAGAAGUACACUGUGUAAUACUGUGUACUUGUAUCAUGAGUGUGUUUGAAUUUGGACAGUGGCGUGCCAUCCGUCCCAAAUGGAUUACUAUCAUUAACUGUUUACAUGAUGAUUGUGAUAAUAUUUAAAUAUUAUAAAUAUUUAAAUAAUAUAAUAAAUUGUAAAAAAUAAGGGGAAUUUAUGUAUUAAUUACGUGAAAUAUUUGUAAUUAAAGUGAUAUUUCAAUAAACAAGGAAACACUCAGAAA